CGUCCACACAGUGAUCUAUAUUACGAUUGAGUCCUGCUUCUGGAACGGCAGUCGAGCUUCGGGCGGCAACGGGAAAACACUUCUAGCUUCUACCGCGAAUCGUCGUCGGGCUUGUAACACCGAGUGUUCUCGUUCGAGUGGGUGCUCUUGUGAUCAACAUCUUGAAGACAGUUUACCCGGGAGAAAGGAUUAGAGAUGACAACCCAGUACAAACAAACGAACACGAAUGGAUUAACGACCCGGAAUCUGAACGUGGCCGUCGUUGGGGGUGGACUGGUUGGUUCUCUGUUCGCGCUUCACCUGGGUAAAAAGGGACACACUGUUGAUUUGUAUGAAUACAGAGAAGACAUUCGGACGGCCGAGCUGGUCAUUGGCCGUAGCAUCAACCUGGCGCUGUCUGCUCGCGGCCGCAAAGCACUGGCCGAGGUAGGUCUGGAGGACGCCCUCCUGCAGCACGGCAUUCCGAUGAAGGGCCGCAUGUUACACGAUCUGAAGGGAAACCGUAAGAUUGUGCCCUACGACGCGAACACGAAUCAAUGCAUCUACUCGGUGGGCCGCAAGCACCUGAACGAGGUGCUUCUCGAUGCCGCCGAGAAGUACCCGAACAUCAACCUUUAUUUCAACAAAAAACUACAAUCGGCCAAUCUGGAUGAAGGGGAGAUGAACUUCAUUGAUCCGACAACGAAGGAGGCAACUCAAGCCAAGGCCGACCUCAUUGUGGGCUGCGAUGGAGCAUACAGUGCCGUGCGUAAGGAGAUCGUCAAGCGCCCAGGGUACGACUACAGCCAAACUUACAUAGAGCAUGGCUACUUAGAAUUAUGCAUUCCACCGACCAAGGACGGAGAGUUCGCGAUGCCUCACAACUAUCUGCACAUUUGGCCGCGGGGAAAGUUUAUGAUGAUUGCUCUGCCAAAUCAGGACCGCACCUGGACGGUGACGCUGUUCAUGCCGUUUGUCAACUUUAGCAGUAUUAAGUGCGACGGGGAUUUGAUUCAGUUCUUCCACACGUACUUCCCGGACGCGAUCGAUCUAAUUGGACGGGAGCGGCUGAUCAAGGACUUCUUCAAGACCAAACCGCAGUCGUUGGUGAUGAUCAAGUGCAAGCCGUAUAAUGUGAGCGGAAAGGCGGUCAUUAUUGGGGAUGCCGCGCACGCCAUGGUGCCAUUUUAUGGACAGGGGAUGAAUGCGGGAUUUGAGGACUGCACUGUGCUGACGGAUCUGUUCAACAAGUAUGGCAACGAUAUCGAUCGGAUAUUGGGUGCGUUCAGUGAGACACGAUGGGAGGACGCACACUCGAUCUGCGAUCUGGCUAUGUACAACUAUGUUGAGAUGAGAGACCUGGUAACGAAACGGUCAUAUUUAUUCAGGAAGAAGUUGGAUGAAUUUUUGUACUGGUUACUACCAAACACAUGGGUCCCGCUAUAUAAUUCAGUAUCGUUCUCUCACAUGCGUUACAGCAAAUGCAUAGCGAACCGCAAAUGGCAAGACAAGAUUUUAUCUCGUGUAUUGUACGGGUCCUCCUUCGCUAUAAUUGCUGCUGGUAGCUACCUUGGCUACAAAUAUGGAAACAUGGAUCUUCUACAACAUUAUUCUACUUCUGUUCUCCAACAUCUAAAGUUGAAAUGAAACAAUUUUCGUAGGAAUUUUACACAGUAUAUUGAUACAAUCAAUGUAUCAUUUUCUACGUGAAAUGCAAACUUUACAAAACAUAAUUUGUAUUACUUCACUACAUUAUUCUACAAUGAUACCAGUGAUGGCUAUAAAUAAACAUGCAAGUGGAGCGAGCUUUGA